AUGACAAUGAAUUGUCGAGAAAAAGGCAAAAAGGUAGUAAAUCUUGUUCCGGAACCUACUCUCCAAGAAUUAUUAGAUGCUGUUGAUAACUCUGCUGAUACUUUUAAAGCAUGGCGUAAAAUUAUGGUUCUCACCAGGCAACGAAUUUUAUUAGAAUUUCAACAAUCGAUUAAAAGGGAUAUGAUAAAAUCGCAAAAUCCAUUACCGAGGAACAAGGGAAACAUUUUUGGAUUGGAUGCCAAAUGA